AAGAAGAGCUAGAAUAGUCUAAGAAGAGAUGCGGAUGAAGUCAUAUUAAAAUAAUUGUUUGGAUUCGUAGUUAAAGAUGAAAGUGUCGGUCAAUAUAAUUUCGUUACAAAGUUUCAUUUUAUUGAUCAGUUUACUAUCAGUUGUUUGGGCCGAGAAACAAUGGACUCGGCAGCUUAAAACAAAGUGGUCCAAUCGUACGGUCUAUGAAUUCAAAAAUGUCGAAUAUGGAGUUUACUUUUCCGAUAAGAGAAAGUUUUUGCCUUCUUUCGACAAGUCUUCCUUUGAAAAUUCCAUCAAUGGUAACUUGGAACGCAAUAAUUCUUCUGGACUUCUUCAACCUCUCCAUGUUACGGUUUACACACCAAAUAUCAGUAGCAAGAAACCGGUGAUGGUGCAUAUCGGUGACUAUGACCUUCUAUACGCUACAGCCGAUUCUGCUUCACCUGGUUUUCUACUAGAAAAGGACAUCGUUUUAGUAAGCGUUGAAUACCGAACUGGAGCAAAAGGAUUUUUGUCAAUGCGGAAUGAACAAAUACCUGGAAAUGCAGGCGUUUUUGAUAUACUGUUAGCCUUGAAGUGGGUUCAGAAAAAUAUCGAGCAAUAUGGUGGCGAUCCUGAUCGCGUUACCUUGUUCGGACAGUAUAAGGUUGCUGGAGUCAUUCAUGUGCUGACACUCAGUGAUCUUGCGAAAGACCUGUUCCAUCAAGUUAUCCUUCAGUCAGGAUCAGCUUUACUAAAAAAUUUUACUUCCUCAAAUCCAAUACUAAUCAGUCGUGAAGUUGGAAGUGCUCUCAAAUGUAAGGAUGUGCAUAACAAAAUCAGACUUACGAAGUGUUUGGUGGAAGCCAAUGACGUGGAUUUAAGUGCAGCUUAUAGUAAGGUUUGGGACAUGCAUAAAGGCAACAUUCCGUUCAUCACGAUCGGUGGACCCAGUAACCUUUUAAAUGAAUCCCCCGAGCAGAUUCACCGAUCUGGUCAAUUUCGAAUUUAUCCAAAAAUCAUCGGAUUCGUUGAUCAACCAUCCGCAUACUUCCUUGAUUUCUUUGACCCCACUCCGGAAAAAUCGUCCUUUUUCACACUGGAUCGAUUUGCGAAAGAUGCAACGUCUUUUGUAAAAUUAGCAGGCGAGAUAUUUGGUGAAAGCAAUUGGGAGAGGCUCAUGCCAAACGCCUCAUCUCUGGCCCAGUUGGAGAACGCAGACCCAAAAACCUUGAGGCAUACGUUCAACUUGGUUUUGACAUCAAUCUUAGAUUGGUCUAGCUUAUAUGUCAAGUCAGCAAUCUAUUACACGGGAUUUUUAAACAAAACCCCAAAAACCUUCGCAUAUACCUUUAAAUACAACGGAAAGCAUCACACCCUACCCUUAAGAAGGAGUAAUUUAUUGAAUGGCGCAAUGCUUUUAGAUGAUGAUCGAUAUUUGUUUGAUAGCUACGCAGAUGAGCUAAAUGAGAGUGAUACCAAAAUUGCCAAAUUGAUGGUGGAUUUUUGGACAUCAUUUGCUGCAACUGGUAAACCACUUUCCGAAGGAAUAGUUGAUUGGCCCGAAGUUAAGGUAGGGAAGGACGAGUAUCUUAUCAUUGAUGAUGAAGUUAGUGCUGAACGUGAUUUUAUAAAUGAGCUUCAAAGCGCUACGAAAACUUAUUUAGAUGAAUCUGAUAAUAAGAUUUUGCGAGAGUAUGGAACUAAGGUUCACGUAGAAUAAGCAAAAAUAAAAAAAAAAUGUAGAUAUCCAAUAAAAACUAGUAGAGGCACGGA